UUAUUUAUCUUUGUGUGUAUGGGUUUUGCCUGUAUGCCACUCUGUACUACGUGUGUGCCCCAUGCUCAAAGAGGACAGAAGAGGAUGUCAGAUUCUCUGGAACUGAUUUACAGAAACCAGAGCUGCUACACAGGUGCUGGGAAUUGAACCCAGCUCUUCCAGAAGAGCACCAAGUGCUGUCAACCACUGAGCCACCUCUCUGGUCCUCAUUUUAUUUAUUUUAGAGAGAGGGUCUCACUAUACAAUCUGAACUAGCCUAAAAGUUACUAUGUAGUUUGAGGGUAGCCUUAAACUUACCUUGAUCUUUCUGUAUGAGUCUCCCAAAGUGCUGGCAUUAUAGCUGUGAGGCAUUAUUCCUGGAUCAAAUAUUAUAAUUCGUGCUAUUGGAGGCCUAUGCCAUAAAACAGGGAUCCAAGAAUCGACACCUAAUUACCAAAAGUUGAGCUGGCAAGAUGACUCAGCCAGUAAAGGUACCAACCACCAAGCCUGACAACCUGAGUUCAAUCCUCAGGGCCCACGUGGUGGAGGGAGAGAACUGACUCCUGAAACUUGUCCUCUGAUGACUAUGGAAUCUUGUGCUCACACACUCUAAACAAAUGAAACUUUAAAAAAUUAAAUCUUGGGGUUGGGGAUUUAGCUCAGUGGUAGAGCCCUUGCUUAGCAAGCGCAAGGUCCUGGGUUCGUUCCUCAGCUCUGGAAAAAAAACAAAAAACAAAAAACAAACUUCAUUCACUUGGCCUUUUGUUUUUUAGUUUUGUUCAGACAUGAUGUUGAACACCUUUAAUCAAAGCACUCAGAAGGCAGAGACAGAUCUUUGUGAGUUCCAGUCUACAAAGUGAAUUGUAGGUCAGCUAGGACUACACAGUGAGACCUUGUCUCAAAAACACUCACAGCCAUCUGACUGCCUGUGCCUCUGCUGGCAUUAAAUAUGUGUACCACCACAUCUGGCUAUUCAUUUUGUAAUAUUUAUUUUAUGUGUGUGCCUGUGUGCUUGUAUGCUGAACUAGAAUUAUAGUUGAUUAUGAGCCACCUUGUGUGUGUCAGGAACUGAACUCAGGUCUUCUGCAAGAAAGACUACUCCUCUCAAUUUCUGAGCUCUCUCCAGCCCUCUUUAUUUAUUUCCAAGACAGAGUCUUACUUUGCAGGCCUGGUUGACCCAGACAUUUCUGUGCAGAUCAGGUUGGUCUUCAACUCACAGAGAUCUGACUGCCUCUGCUUCUAGAACGCUGGGAUUAAAGCUGUGUGCCACCAUGCCUGGCUCUACUUCCUAAAGACAGGGUCUCACUCCAAAGUCCAAACUGGCCUAAAAGUUACAAUGUAGCCCAGACUGGCUUCAAACUCACUUCACUUUCUCCGUCAGCCUCCUCAGUUCAAGGAUAACAGGCAGGAGUCAUCUUGCAUGUGUGUUGAGGGACACACUGAUGCUACUGGAGGCUUCUGUCAUAAGUGCUCAGGAAGUCUCACCUUCCAGGGUAGCCUUAGAUCAGUGGCUCAGGAAGGUUGGUUUGUCAAAGACCUAGCUCUCCCAUGGCUGGACAAAUCUGAGGAAUGAUUUAUAUCCUGGAUGCAAAUCAACUACUCCCUCACUGGUACCACAUGCUUAGCCCUCUCUCCCUGGUGGUUUCUUUUAGUAGCACUUUUCGGGGGUCUUCUUUGCCCCUCUUCCUCUCUUUCAACGAAUUGCUAGAAUACAAAUCUCACUUCUAAUGCUCCUGGGAAACUACAACCUGGCUCUUCCUAAUCCUUCGUCGACUGCCUGUUAAAUGUUUACUGUUCUACUGACGCCCUAGGCCCAGCUCUUACAUGUCCAAUGUCUGAUCGCCAAACUGCUUUGUGCAGUUCAAACUAUGACUCCAUCUCUAACAAGGACACCUCCUGUCUGUACAGCAGCUACUAACUACAGGUAACUGAGCUUGUUUUAUUUCUUUCUGAGUCAAGGUCUCACCAUAUAGCUCUGGCUGUCCUCAAACUCACUAUGCAGAACCCAUACAGAUGAGAUCGCCUGCAUGGGUCACCACACCAGGCUUAGACAGGUAUUUUAAUUAAAAACUUCAGUUCACUGAGCACACCAACCAAGCCUGUGACUAAGUGACUACAAUAUCAGACCAUUUCAAUCAUUUAAAAAAAAAAAACAAAAAACUUGAUUGAGUGCUGGGAAGUCACUCAGUGGCAAAAUAUCUAGUAUGUUCCAGGCCCUGGGUUUGAUCUUCAACUCCAACCCUGCCCCGCUUCAAAAAAAGAAAAAGAAAAGAAAAGAAAAAAAAAAAAAAAAAAAAAGAGCUGAACAUACCCAAACCCAUUUGCCCUUCUGCAUUCUUGAACCUGUCUAUCCUGGUCGAUGAAUAGGUAAGCCAGAGGGAGGGUGGGGGGAGGCAGGUAGACCACAGGAAAGGCAUCGCCUACAUUUGCCUCUUCCUUUAAAAUGGUAAGAGGGGGCUGGAGAGAUGGCUCAGUGGUUGGGAGCACUGACUGCUCUUCCAGAGGUCCUGAGUUCAAUUCCCAGCAACCAAAUGGUGGCUCACAACCAUCUGUGAUGGGAUCCAAUGCCCUCUUCUGCUGUGUCUGAAGGCAGCUACAGUGCACUUGUCUAUAAUAAAUGAAAAAAAAAUAAAUCUUAAAAAAAAUGGUAAGGAUGUGGAUAGAACUGUCGAUGAAGCCCUAAUCAAAGGUGAAACCUGAGCUGAUGCUAUUGUUCUGUUACAUCCUGGGCGAUUUAAAACCGGUUAAGCCACAGUCUGGAGAGACAGCUGGUAGUGGAGAGCACUUUGCAGAGGACCAUUUGCAUGCAGAUAAACCACUCCUAGGGAAAAAAAAAAUCUUUUAAAAACAAAAGACUGAGUACACCAGAACUUGUUUUGUUUUGUUUUCCUGAAACUUUCUAACUCCAUGGGAUCAGGAUGGCAAACAUCGUUAUGUGCAACAAGUUAUCUAUAUUCAUCAUCCAGCCACUCGCCUCUGGGUUCCAGGAUGGCACUUGAUCCAGUCACGUUAGUUGGCUCUGGAAAAUUUUUUUUUUUUUUCCGGAGCUGGGGACCGAACUCAGGGCCUCGAGAUUGCUAGGCAAGCGCUCUACCACUGAGCUAAAUCCCCAACCCAACUCUGGAAAUUUUUAAUUUUGAGACAUGGUUUUCUUUGUAUAGCUCUGGCCAUCCUGGAACUUUCUUUAUAUACCAGGGGGCCUCAAACUCAAAUAUCCACCUGCCUCAGCCUCCCAAGUGCUGGGAUUAAAGGCAUGGGUCACCAGUGCUGGCUUAAAUUUUUAAAAAUUAAUGUUAUUUUAGCUUACGUGCGUUAUGUAUGUGUCCCUGUUAAGGUCAUAAGAAAGCAUCAGAUCCCCUGGAACUGGAGUUACAGUCAGUUCUGAACCACCAUGUGGUUUCUGGGAGUUGAACCUGGUCCUCUGCAAGAGCUGCCAGGGCUCUUAAUCACUUAGUUUUCUUUCCAGAUGUGUAACUUAUUUAAAUUUUAUUACCAUUUUGUAUACAUGUGAGCGGUGUGUGUGUCACAAGUGUGUGUGCCAUGUUGGAAGUAAGAAGACAACUUUCCAACAUCCUUCUCUUUCCACAGUGGGUUCCGGGGAGUGAUGUCUGGUGAUCAGGCUUGCACAGCAAACACAUGCACUUUUACUCAAGAGGCAUCUCACUAGGCUAGUUCUGGGAAUUCUGUUGAAGCUCUCAGAAAAAGGGAUACUCCUUAAACUGAUUUUCUAAACCAUUAGGCCUUAAAUUUGAAUCUAUGGGAAACCUUCUUGCCGCACCAAGAGACUAGAGCCCCUCUGUGGGUGAAGGCAACCGCAGAGCAGAGUACAAUCACAGAUGACGAAGUGCAGACAGGUGGUAUCUUUUGGCUCCUGCCAACGAUACCAAUCUACUCUGGCCUUUUCAAUUAUUUAAGUUGUAGUGAAGCUGGAUCGAUGCGAGCCUGGAUUGCUAGAGGAUAUUUGUGUGCAAGGUCUCAGCAGCACUUUUUGUACAUUCAGUUCUUCAUCCCUCUAACUUGCCCUGAAGCCUCUCUUGAAUUCCAAGCUCUAUGUCCACGUACCUUCUGAUGCCCCUUAAACAUGCUCAAAACUAACCUUACUAUUGCUGCCCCAACAUUAGUUUCCGUCUAAGGUGGAGCCCUCCAGGACCACCUUGGCCCUUUCCUCUGAAAAACCCAAGGUCGUAAGUUCAGGCUCCGCCCGCUCACUCGGCCUCCCAAGGUCACCGCUACAUCACUCGCCAGCUCCCUGGGGGCGGUGUCCGUGUACCCCUCGAUGCAGGGCCAGGCGCUCUAGGCUGCAGCCAGCUCUUCAAAGAGCUUUAUCAUCUCGCUGAUUUCUCUUAGUGGGCGGCUACUCUCUCCGCUCAUGUGGCUUCUCUAUGGUUAACUUCUCGCCUUUGUCUCGAAUUUGCUUCGGAUGACGCUCGGCUGGGACCCAACGCCUUCCCUUAGCUGCCUCAGUGGUUCCUUUUAGGUACAACUGCAGAAGCCACAGGAAGCUCAGUGAGAUCUUCGUUGGCCUAGGUCCUGAAAGCUCGGCGCUGAGAACGAUGGCGGAAGUGAGUACGAAGGUGCCCUCCCUACUGCUCUUCUCUAUGGUCGUUUCCUUCCGCGUCGGGGAACCCGUCCUAGCGCCUGCGCAGAAGCGCGUGCUGGGAGCUCGUCGCGGAGGCGGGGGGCACAGGGAGCGGGAGCUGCGGCCGUCGCCGCCGCCGCCGCUGCCACCGCCGGAGCUAAGCGCGGGGACCGAGAUGCAGCUGUUGGCGCUCACCUCGAGUCUUCUGGCUGCUUUCCUAUUUGCUCCCUGCAGGCUCCCCCUGUCCUCCUCCUGGGGCACAUCAUGAAUGGUGCCCCUUCCCCAGAGGAUGGGGUUUUCCCUUCUCCACCAGCGCUGCCACCACCCCCUCCCCCAAGUUGGCAAGAGUUCUGUGAGUCCCAUGCGAGGGCUGCUGCCCUGGAUCUUGCUCGCCGUUUUCGCCUCUAUCUGGCCUCCCACCCACAAUAUGCAGAGCCGGGAGCAGAGGCUGCCUUUUCUGGCCGUUUUGCUGAGCUCUUCCUGCAGCACUUCGAAGCUGAGGUGGCUCGGGCCUCGGGCUCACUCUCCCCACCUGUCUUGGCUCCAUUGAGCCCUGGUGUGGAAAUCCCACCAUCACAUGACCUGUCCCUUGAGAGCUGCAGGGUGGGUGGGCCCCUGGCAGUGUUGGGCCCUUCUCGAUCUUCUGAGGACCUGGCUGGCCCCCUUCCUUCCUCAGUCUCUUCCUCUACAACGUCCUCAAAGCCGAAGCUCAAGAAACGCUUCUCCCUCCGCUCGGUGGGUCGUUCAGUCAGAGGUUCUGUCCGAGGCAUCCUGCAGUGGCGGGGGGCUGUUGAAUCUCCCUCCCAAGCUGGGCCUCUGGAGACCACAUCAGGUCCUCCAGUUCUAGGUGGAAACAGCAACUCCAACUCCUCUGGUGGUGCUGGGACAGUUGGUAGGGCAUUGGCCAACGAUGGCACAUCCCCUGGGGAGAGAUGGACUCAUCGCUUUGAGAGGCUAAGGCUAAGUCGUGGAGGGGGAACCUUGAGAGACGGAGCAGGAGUGAUACAGAGAGAAGAGCUGCUGAGUUUCAUGGGGGCUGAAGAGGCUGCCCCUGACCCAGCAGGAGUAGGUCGUGGAGGAGGGGCAGCUGGGCUGACCUCGGGAGGAGGAGGGCAGCCUCAGUGGCAGAAAUGUCGAUUACUGCUCCGGAGUGAAGGAGAAGGAGGAGGAGGAAGUCGCUUGGAGUUCUUUGUACCACCCAAGGCAUCCCGGCCCCGUCUUAGCAUUCCCUGUUCUACUAUUACUGAUGUCCGCACAGCCACAGCCCUGGAGAUGCCUGACAGGGAGAACACGUUUGUGGUUAAGGUAGAAGGCCCUUCAGAGUACAUCCUGGAGACAACUGAUGCACUUCAUGUGAAGGCCUGGGUGUCUGACAUCCAAGAGUGCCUAAGCCCAGGACCCUGCCCUGCUAUCAGCCCCCGUCCCAUGACCCUUCCCCUGGCCCCUGGGACCUCCUUCCUCACAAAGGAUAACACAGAGAGCCUGGAGUUGCCCUGCCUGAAUCAUUCAGAGAGUCUGCCUAGCCAGGAUCUUCUUCUGGGACCCAGCGAGAGUAACGACCGCCUGUCGCAGGGAGCUUAUGGAGGCCUCUCAGACCGGCCGUCAGCGUCCUUCUCCCCUAGUUCUGCCUCCAUUGCUGCUUCCCAUUUUGACUCAAUGGAACUGCUUCCUCCAGAGUUGCCCCCUCGGAUUCCCAUUGAGGAGGGGCCUCCAGCAGGGACAGUUCAUCCCCUCUCUACCCCGUACCCUCCCCUGGAUACUCCUGAAGCAGCCACAGGGUCAUUCCUCUUUCAAGGGGAGGCAGAGGGGGGUGAGGGGGACCAGCCCCUCUCAGGCUACCCUUGGUUCCACGGCAUGCUCUCUCGGCUCAAAGCUGCCCAGUUAGUGUUAGAAGGAGGUACCAGCUCCCAUGGUGUCUUCUUGGUACGCCAGAGUGAGACAAGACGUGGUGAAUAUGUCCUCACUUUCAACUUCCAGGGCAAGGCUAAGCACCUGCGUUUGUCACUAAAUGAGGAGGGUCAGUGCCGGGUCCAACAUCUGUGGUUCCAGUCCAUUUUCGAUAUGCUUGAGCACUUCCGGGUGCACCCCAUCCCUCUGGAGUCUGGAGGCUCCAGUGAUGUUGUCCUUGUCAGCUAUGUGCCCUCCCAGCGGCAGCAGGGUGAGCAGAGCAGGUCUCCAGGGGAGGAGGUGCCCGUGCACCCAAGAAGUGAGGCCGGGAGCAGGCUGGGAGCCAUGCAGGGGUGUGCGAGGGCGACCGAUGCUACCCCGAUGCCUCCUCCACCCUCCUGCCCUUCGGAGCGAGUGACUGUGUAACGGAGCACCUCCCGUGAUCCAACCCAGCCCUCUGAACCCCCUCCAUGGACAGAUCCCCCACAUCCUGGGGCAGAAGAGGCGUCGGGGGCGCCAGAAGUGGCGGCAGCCACAGCCGCAGCAGCCAAAGAGAGGCAAGAGAAGGAGAAAGCGGGCGGCGGAGGGGUCCAGGAAGAGCUGGUCCCCAUGGCUGAGCUGGUCCCCAUGGCUGAAUUGGAAGAGGCCAUAGCACCAGGCACUGAGGCUCAGGGUGGUGCUGGCUCUAGUGGGGACUUGGAGGUGUCCCUAAUGGUUCAGCUCCAGCAGUUACCACUAGGGGGCAACGGAGAAGAAGGGGGUCACCCCCGAGCCAUUAAUAACCAGUACUCAUUUGUCUGAGAUACCUGCCCACCCUCCAUUUUCCUGCUCCCAGCCUUAAGUUGUGAGACUGGGCUGGGUAAGAACACAGAGGAAAGUGGGAGUCCCCUCCCUACAUGCUUCCUGACCCUUGUCAGCCAAGGGUGUGUAUGUUGGUACAAGUAGAGGUUCAAGAGCCCUGUUAAGUCCCCAGUUACUACACUACAGGUGCCCUUGCCCCGAGGCCAAGGACUUGGGCUCCAUUACCUCCCUGAGGGGCUCUUAUGGUCAGCCCCAUCCCUGGGGGCUGUUUCCCCCACUAAUAACCCCCAACCCAAGCAAGGGUGAGGGGGAAGGGCUGUCAGUUAUAUUAAGGUUGUUGUUGUUGUUUUAAACAAAAUGGAAAAGCAUAAAUAAAUAAAGGGUUUAUCUCAGUUCCAUCACGA